UCUCGAAGUUGAUAAAUACCUUAGAUAUAAUCUAAGAUAAAUACAUUUUUAGGUUAUUAUUGUAAUACAUCUAUACUGUGAUUGUAAUAUAUCUAUAGAAUAUUAUUUAUUCUAACUAAUACAUACAUACUAAUAAAACAUAUAAGUAAUAACCGCAUAAUAUAAGUAUUCCGGAUCAUUACCAUUUACUUUUAUGAUACAAUAAAAUAAUGUAAGCUGACGAUUGCCAUAAAAUGUUGGACUUUUCAUUCAAAAGGCUUUUUGUGGGUAUCACUUUUUAUAUUCUAUAAAUACAAUUAGGUGUUGACAAAUUUACAAAUAUGUCCCAAUCAAUGAGAUCUACUUCUACGAAAGUAAAAAGGAGUACUAAAGAAAGAGAGAAACGAAAAUCAGUAGCAGGAAAUCCAGAUAAUAGUAUUGCAACGGUUAUUGAAAAAUCUUCACCAACAAGGGAUAGCCAUUUGAAGAGAUAUGCAGGAUUGUCUGUUGAAAAUAUUAAAGUUGCCGCAGAACACAUUACAAAUCCUGACUCAAUUUCUGAAGAGUCAUGUGAAAUCUUAGCUGAAGAUUUAAACUAUAAGUUGAGGUAUAUUAUCCAUCAAGCUGCUAACAGAGCCUUCAUUUCUAAUAGGACUGGUAUAAAUAGUAAGGAUAUUGAUGAAACAUUUGAAGACUUGCAAUUGGAUAAAGUAUUUGGAGCACCAUUAGAACCUUCAUGGAUUCCAAUUGCUGAUCAAAAUUAUCUCUUCCUUGAUGAUCCUAAAGUGAACAUGUUAGAGGAAAUUGAGGAAAAAGUAGCAUUUUCUCAACCUCAAGAUCCAGUAGUACUUAAGAGCUGGCUUCCUGAACUUAAAGAAUCAAAUCACUCUUUCAAAAAUUAUUUCAAAAUUAUAUGUCAGGCUGUUGUAAGCAAUGAUAUGGAAAUGAGAAAGAUGGCCCUCCAAAAUAUCAGCACAAAUCCCAAUAUUGGUCCCAUAAUCAACUGGUUUUAUAAAUUUGGUUAUCUGCUUCUUUCAAAAGAUGUUACAUAUGAUUCUUUGACAUUAUAUGCCUUAGAUCUAAUUGAAACUUUAGAAAUGAGCCCUUUAGGAAAUUUAGAAGCAAAUGAAAGUCAGUUGAAAUUACUGGUCAGGCUGAUGCUUCAAAGGCUGUUGAAAUCGCAUACAAAUUCUGAAGUAUUGAAACCAAUGUGUUGGAUUCUUGCAAUAUUAUGUAGAAGAAAACCACUCAAUGAGUUUGUCAUGACAAAAUUGAAACAAAAACUUCCUGAGCUUAGUGUCGAAUAUUUAUUGCCAUUCUUAAUGCUAGUUAAUGCUUUAGGAAUUGAUGCUAUAAUUAGUAUUUUUGUGGAAAAUUUUGAAUUGCUCCACUCUGAAUUGAAUACUGAGGAAAAUAUGGAAAUAUCUCCUAUACAAAAUGGCUGUGAUUUAUUUACUCAUAAAAAAUUAUUUUGUAAUUGGAAGACAUUCGGAUUUACUGUAAUGGAAAUGUAUUAUGUACUUUUUAAAAAUGACAUCUUUGAUAAGAGCUUCAGUCAAUUUCCACAACUUGAAAAUUUCACAAUUCUCCUCAAUAAACCUCAAAAACAAUUACUGACAGAAGAGGCAAAAGCUAUGGACUUUAUUAAAAUGAAAAAGGAAUUAAUUAAAACUCGUAGAAAACUAGAAUUGCAACAUCAUCGUAGAUUCCUGCCAUAUGAAAGUGUUUUUGAAGUUCCUGUUUUUAAAAUGAGAAUGAAGCAAAAAAUGGAAAAUCAUUACAAAACUAAUUACCAUAUAGGGUGGAAGAAACAAUCUUAUGUUGUUAUAGGUAAAACAUCACUUUUACUACCUAUAAUGAGGGUCAAAAAUUCGGUAUUACCACACUGUUAUGAUCAUUCUUUAUUUUCAUACAAUUUAUAAAAACCCCUUUUUUGUCAAAUAAAGGUCAUUUAUACUUAAGCAUAAUUUAUUACAUACAAUUUCUUUAA